AGAUAACAGAGUAUAGACUAGUUUAGUUUAUUUUCCAGAGUUUUAGUGAAUACCUAUGGACAAUAUGAUGAGUUGCAUGCUUCUUAGAAGUGGCCGCCUUAUGGGCAUCACGAGUACUGGCGUGGAACUCAGAAGAUCUACGAGGAUCCGGACUGAGCCGGAUCGCUGGACUUAUCCGGCGGACCACAUAAGGAGGCGGAGGAAUAGGAGAACUCCCUACGAAAGACCCCAGCCGCCGAGGACAGAGGUACCAACAAAUCCAACCAGCACAUUGGCUGAACCAAUGGCUGAACCAAUGGUGGCCACGACCGGGCAGACUCCCGACUGUGUCACUACUAAUCGAACCAGCACAUUGGCCACGACUGGGCAGACUGAACCCCAAAUCCAAACGACGCCAAGGAGGCCCAAAUCCUCCGUCAAACCAACUCUAAGAUGGAGGCAGUUGGUUUUCGACGAAUCAGACCGUACUCCUUAUCCGCCGAGGAGGAGUAAGAGAAAUAGGUCUGAUUCGUCGAGGAGGAUGGACGAUGGGUCGGAACAAUCUUUGAUGAAUAUUGCGUUUAUCGCGUCCAGCAGUAAAUGUUGCUACAAGAAAGACUUUCAAGAGAAGAAAAAACAAAAAGAGAAGCACUUUGGCGAAUUCUUCUCGAGUUGGAUCAUUCCAAAAAGUUCCGUUGAAACUAGUGAGGGAUCAAGAAGUACCUUGACCUUAGCAAGAAUAUGCAUCACCUCCUCACCGGAUUCCUUACUGGGCAUUGCCGCCUAUGGUAGCAACUUAUGA